AUGAUUGCUAACCCCAGUUUGGAGUGGCAAAGACUUCGUGAUGUCUACUACAAUCUCCGAACAUGUUUCUCCUCGUUGAACUGGCCAAUUGAAAGUUUGUAUGCCAACUACAGAAUAGCUGUGUCUCCAUCAGCUUCAUUACUAGCACUAACCUCAAAGUACACUGCAACCCCCAGUGUCAUUGAAAUCUACUCCUUAAGUGGAAAUAAGAUAUGGAAUUUUGUAUACAACAGCCAGAAGGACGACUACAUCUACGACUAUCAUUUCCGGGGUGAAGACUUGUGUGUGGUGUUUACGUCCCAAAAGUUUAGGUACUAUAAAGGUUUCAAAGGUGACUUCAAUGAAAACUCAUAUACUAAGGAUUUGAUCAUACUUAAGGAAAUAGGCGCUCAAUUAACUUCCUUGCUGCUAUCUGAACAAAACCUCCCAGAUUCCAAUGGGGAAGGUACUCUGAACUUAGACUUUGAAGAGUCUCUUAGAUUGGUCUCUUCCAGAGUCGUAGACAAAUACUUGGUAUUACAGACUCCAGAUAAGUUGAUUAUCACCGACUUAGAUACGUUCAAGAACUUUGUGGUACCCAUAUCUGAUUUGGACCAAAAUAAAAUCCAUGCCAUUGACAUUCAAUCUCUGGUUAGAAGGAAGCUUAACUUAUUGGUAAGCUACGAUAAGACCGUUCUUCAAAUAGAGAUCAACUUGUUGACAAGGACAUUUUCAUUGCAUGAUAUGGAGCUUGCUGAUGGUCCCUUUACUCAAAUAGCAGUUUCAGCCAAUAGCCAAUUCGUUUCAUUAUUCAGCUCUACUAUGAAAACCAUAUUUGUCACGUCCAAAGACUUCAGUUCCAUGUUACUUGGAUACGACAUUUCGGAAGAGUCCAGUGAACCAUAUCAGAUAUCGUGGUGUGGGAACGAUGCUAUUGUAUUAUCCCUCAGAGAUGAAGUCAAGUUGAUUGGACCGGGCCAGGAAUCAAUAUCUUUCUUCUAUGAUCUUAUUAAUGAUGAUGAAGAAGAUAAUAAUAUGAAUGGUUUUGAUGUCGAUAAUUUUCUUCGUACGUCUUCACAACAACACGUCCCGUACGAGAUCCCCAUUCUCAAAAGUCAUAGUGAUGGUAUAACCGUGAUUACCUCUAACAAAGUGGAGUUCAUUAAUAGAGUCUCCAAUGAAAGAAUUGAAUUGUAUCAAAUUGGCUCUUCAAAACCAAGUAGCAUUUUACUUGAUUUCGUGGAUAAGCUAGCUACCAAUGCUUCUAAAGCAGAGGCCAAUAUAUCCUAUCUCAAGUCUGAAAAUCUUCUUAUCACCGCGAUCAAUGAUUGUCUUGAAGCACUUUUGGAUGAAUUUGACCAAGCAUUACAAAAGAUAAUAUUGCGGGCAGUAUCUUUUGGCAAAGCCUAUUGUGAAAAGUAUAAUGAUUCGGAGAAAUAUCUCUUGUACUUGAAUUAUACCAAAGUCAUGAACCAAUUACGGUUCGCCGACGUUGGAUUGUUUGUCACUUAUGAUCAGAUGAUGGAAAUUGGUUGGGAGAAUUUGAUUCAAAUGCUACUUCGUCGAAGCUUAUUCCUACUAGCCAUUCAGAUCAUUGAUUUAUUGGAAUUACCUAACUUAAAGGAUCUAGUUUAUACCCAAUGGUGUUGUCAAAAGAUCAAGAAAGAACCCAACAUUUCAGAUAUGAAUUUGUUCAAAAUAAUUGCAAAGAAGCUUGUUUCUGCUGUCCCCAAUUCCAAAAGGAACUAUGUUUCAGUUGAAACCAUUAGUGAUAUUGCAUUUGAAGAAGGUAGAACUAAUUUAUGCAAUCUUUUAAUCAAUUUGGAGUCUAAUUUGGAUAGAAGAAUCAAGCAAUUACUUAAACAUAAUGAGAUAGAAAUGGCUCUCAUCAAAUCCUUCCAAGCUGGUAAUUAUGAAAUGUGCAAAUUGAUCUUGAUUGCUCUAGAAGAUAACAUGACCACCACUCAAUUCUUUAAGAUUCUUGAUCAAAAUCAAUCUAAUGGAGGAGGAUUAGUUGAUAUGGCAAUGGAUGAAGUGAAAAAAUUAAGCAUUGAAUGUGGGAAUGAAAACUUGAUAAUCAAUGGUGAUCUUAUAGGAAACUUUUGGGUUGAAAAUAUUGCCAAACAUAAUUCCAACCUAUUAAGUACUUAUUGGAAACAGCAAGAUAAAAAAUAUGAAUUAUCCCUCCAUAGAACCAUAAAUUAUCUUGAAACGGUCUCUGAAAGGGAUGAAACUUAUUAUGAAGCCUAUAAGCUUAGAUUGUCAAAACUUAUAAGCCGAAGUCCUAACAAGACAUUCACCAAGAUAUACCAAAAGGAAAGAGAUAUACUAGAGCUUCAAAAGAAGCUUGGAGAAACUUAUCAAAUGAGUUUUUAUGAUGAAAAGUCAUUGUAUGACAUUGUUGGUAAACUUGUCAGUAUGAAUCAAGUGAAGAGGGCCUCAAAAGUAUCCAAAGAUUUGGGAGUAUCAAUUGAAGACUUUUGGUAUUUGGUUGUUGAAAUCUUUAGUUCAAAAGGUGAAUGGGAUAAGUUAUACAAAUUCAUUGUUGGCAAUAGCAAUAAUACCAGUGAUAUUGUCAAUAUUAAAUCACCUAUUGGGUUUAAAGAUAUUCUUAAAACUUAUUUUGAUAAAAGUGGACCCAAAGAACAUAUUUCAGUGUUCAUUAAGAAUUCAACUAAUUUAAAACCAAUUGAAAGAGUCGAACUUUUUAUUCAAAAUAAAGAAUUUGAAACAGCAGCUCAAGAAGCAUUCAAAAUUAAAGAUAUUGAACAUUUAAGAUUGCUUUAUGAAGUUUCGGAGUCUGACCAAACGUUACAUUCCAUGGUUAAAACAUAUAUUACCAAAUUGGGUUAUUGA